GUCAACUUUUAGUCCCUAUCAAUAAAACGAGGAACAUAUUCUGGUGGGCUUGUGUGGUCAUCAUAACAGUUUGGUGUGUAUGGGGAAUUUGCUGCAUAACCUCCUAAACAUGCAGUGCGUCCCACACAGAGCUAUCUGGGAGUUCUACCUUCCAAGCAAAUGCUACUCAUUACCCAAAGUCAUGCUGGCAUCAGUAAGCAUCCAAGUAAUUACUGAUAUUAUACAAUGGUGUCCUUGCCGCAAAGAACUAUCUGGUCUCUCCACAUGAACUGGCAGAAGAAGGUGGGGCUAUCCAUGACUUUUUGGAGUUGGAGUAGUGUAAGUUAUCGCCGCUCCCUUCGUCUUUUGCUUUUGGUUUGGGUGAUAAUAUAAAGUAGCGUCUCAAUAGCAGCAUGUUUCCGCUGUGUCGAAUAUCAAAUAGCACGGAAGCAUAGGUCUAGAUUUACCCGUAGUUGCCAGAUUAAAGAACACACGCUAGAACUAUCGAAUGCUUGGAAACAGUAAUUCAGAUCUGUUUCUGACAGCAGGAAUUUCGGACAAAGCCUAUAGGCAUAAACAGAUAGA